GUUCACUUUAACUUUUCAAAGUUUUAGUCUUUCUCGAUCUCUCUCCCUCCAUCUCCAAACCUUCUAAAUCGAUUCGUAACUUCUCUUUAUUUUCCCUGUAAUCUUCACACUAUUUUGAUUCUUGUAAGCUCGACACGUGCUUCCACUUAGUUUCCUCAACUAGCUCCUAGCUCCGGAUCCGCUUACCUUCCCAGAUCAACUUCCUUACGGUUGCAAAAGUUGAUUCACUUCUCCGAGCUCCGAUCUACUCCUCCGGUGAAUAAAUAUCUGUCGAAUCAUCUAGAAAACACUACUCUCUUUGUAGAUUCCCUGUUGCUGUGGAUCGAAUUCAUUUAUUUAGAUUUGAAAACUUGGCUGAAUCAAGCUUGCUUCAGAGACUUAUUGAUUAGAGAUGAGAUCCUGAAGUUCACAAGUAGAUUACGUCAUUGACUUUGGUUGUUUAGAUUGAGACUAGGGAAUUGAUAGUCUCUUUUAUAGUGAGUUAAGGAUGCAGGCUAGGGUUAUACAGAUGGAAGAUGGAAAAGAAAACGGAAUCUUAAUUAGAACAGUGAAGUCCAAGGCGUUUCCAGCGAAACUACUUAUUAUACUAGGCCUUUUCCUUGCGUUUGCUCUUACUGUAUUCAUCAUUAGUGUAUCUACAAUUAAGUAUACUGGAUUACAAAGUGUAGUAACCACUGUUACUUCUGGAUUUGUGACGUGCCGUGAGGAGGAACCGAAUAGUUUAAGUAAAUGGAUACAGCCUCCUGGUGUGUUGAUGCAUAACAUGAGUGAUGAGGAGCUUCUUUGGCGUGCUUCCUUUUGGCCUCGGAGGAAAGAGUAUCCGUUUGAAAGAGUUCCGAAGAUUGCGUUUAUGUUUUUGACGAAAGGUCCUUUGCCGCUUGCUUUGCUUUGGGAGAGGUUUUUGAAGGGGCAUAAGGGGCUUUACUCGGUUUAUAUUCAUCCGCAUCCGUCUUUUAGUGCCAAGUUUCCGGCUGGUUCUGUUUUUCACCAGAGGCAGAUACCGAGUCAGGUUGCAGAGUGGGGGAGAAUGACCAUGUGCGAUGCGGAGAAGCGUCUACUCGCCAACGCACUGCUCGAUAUCUCCAACGAAUGGUUUAUUCUCGUCUCAGAGUCAUGCAUUCCACUCUACAACUUCACGACAAUCUACAGCUACUUAAGCCGAUCAAAACACAGCUUCAUGGGUGCUUUUGAUGACCCUGGACCAUUCGGACGCGGUCGCUACAACGACAACAUGGAACCUGAAGUUCCCAUCACUAAAUGGCGGAAAGGGUCUCAAUGGUUUGAGAUUAACCGGGAACUCGCAGCUACCAUUGUCAGAGACACAUUGUAUUACCCGAAGUUCAAAGAGUUUUGUAGGCCUGCUUGCUACGUGGACGAGCAUUAUUUCCCUACCAUGUUGACGAUUGAGAAACCAAUGGCAUUGGCUAACCGGAGCUUGACGUGGGUGGACUGGUCUAGAGGCGGCCCCCACCCGGCUACGUUUGGGCGGUCUGACAUUACAGAGAAGUUCUUUGAAAAGAUCUUUGAUGGAAAGAACUGCAAUUACAAUGGUCGUAACACUUCCAUGUGUUAUCUUUUUGCGAGGAAGUUUGCUCCAAGUACUUUGGAGCCUUUGCUCCACAUAGCUCCCAAGAUUCUGGGAUUUUGAGAUAGAGAGGAGUGUCUCUGGACCUCUUGAAAUCAAAUAGAGAUAAUGAAAUGGAUAUGAUAUGGAUUCUGUCCAAGAAUUUACUGCGAUAUUAUUUUUGUUUUGUUUGUUUUAUAUACUAGUUUGGAAGGAAAUGAGAUAUUAGAAGAGAUAACGUUGUACACCAGGAUCCACUCAUUUGCUUAUAGCCUUAUCUUUAUGCGUCAAGGAAAAGCUAUGUAUGGGUUACCUUAGGUUCACAUGCCUGAUGCCUUCAACCAGUUAGGAGACAUUUGAGAUGCGGGCAUGCACAUUUCUGCUGGAUCUAUUCGAGGUUCUGAGACAGUGAUAUGUUUUGAACCAAAUAACAUAUGACAGCCAGGUGUAGACAGACUUUUACAACUGUUGGAAACUUCUCGAAUCCCUCAAGAGGCUGCCAACUUCUACCAUCUGUCUUUCUUAUUGCUUAAACAAUUCGAUAAAGUUGAUUCUUUAUGGGCAAUUCAUUAAAGUAGUUUAAAAGGUUGUCAUAAAGCUGAUGUUAUUUUUAAUGGAAUACAUGAAGAAUAUACUAGUAAUGACAUCUUUA